CGAUCAGGUUCAUCGGAUUUGUCAUUGUACUUAUAUCUCCGGUAUAGCAUUCUUUUUCCGACAUCAGUUUUGAUCUGUGAAAUGUCAAUGAAUAAUGUUCCCUCCAAAAAACACCACCAAAAGGUAUUUAUAAGGUUGUUUCUCAUAAAUUAAGGUAGGUUUUUUCCCCAAACAAACGACCGCAUCAACCCGAUAAAUCUUUUUUUUUUGGAUAAGUACCACACGAUAAUUUAUUAAUAUAAGGGAAAACAAAACGGUUGCUUUCAAUGCUACUCAGACUGGAUUUCAGACAUUUAUUAGAUUGACCAACAAUCUACAUGCGUGAGUCAUGACCAUCUCAACGGCGAUCGGCACUUCGGAACCAGAAUCGUAUCCGCUGUUGCACAACCCCGGCGCCGUUGUAGUCGACCACGAAGGCUGCCCGGCCGACCGAUCCAAGUCCGGCGGAUGGUGCUCCGCGUUUUUCAUCAUAGGUGUGGAAGUGGCGGAAAGGUUUGCGUUUACAGGGAUAAGCUCCAACCUUAUCACAUACCUAACGGGGUCGUUGGGCCAGUCCAAGGCCAGGGCGGCAGAGAACGUGAAUACUUGGAAUGGUGUGUCUGCGAUUUCGCCACUGUUAGGAGCAUUCAUUGCCGAUUCGUAUCUGGGUCGUUACCGAACCGUUGUGAUUGCUUCUUUGCUGUACAUUCUGGGACUCGGCUUGCUGACUCUUUCUGCUGUGCUUCCUUCUAUCAGCUCUCUUGACUGUCUAAAUGGUGCAGAAAUCAUAUCAUGUCCCCCUCUUUGGUUCCAAGAAAUACUCUUCUUCUUCUCACUAUAUUUAGUAGCAGUUGCCCUAGGAGGCCACAAGCCCUGUGUUCUAGCUUUCGGAGCUGAUCAGUUCGAUGGGCAAGAUUCUGAAGAGAGCAAAUCGAAGAGCUCAUUCUUCAAUUGGUGGGCACUUGGUGUGAUUUCAGGUCCGACAGUAGCAUUGUUAUUCUUGAACUACAUUCAGGACAACCUUAGCUGGGGUCUUGGGUUUGGAAUCCCAUGCAUUUCCAUGGUGAUUGCGCUGGUAAUAUUCUUGAUUGGAACUAGAACUUAUAGGUACACCAUCAAAAGCCAGGAAAAGAACCCUUUCUUUAGAAUCGGUAAGGUUUUCGCUGAAGCAGCUAGAAAUUGGCAAGCUAGUUCUUCUGUGAUACUUGUUGAAAUGGAAGCUCAAGGAACGUUGCCUGACGAAAAUUCUCAGCAAUUCAGGUUUCUUUACAAAGCCUUGCUUACGCCAGUUGGUUCCAAAGAAGAAGGGGGAGAGUGUAGGGUCGGUGAUGUUGAGGAUGCAAAGGCAAUUCUGAGUCUGGUUCCAAUUUGGGUUUCAUGUUUGGUAUAUGCAAUUAUAUACGCGCAGUGCUCGACUUUCUUUACUGAGCAAGGAGCUACUGUUGACAGAUCAAUUUGGCCAGGCUUUGAUAUACCGCCUGCUUCCCUCCUGUUGUUUAUCACCUUUACGAUCAUUUUCUUCAUUCCCAUCUACGACCGGUUGUUUGUGCCUUUUACAAGAGCUCUAACUGGAAAACCGUCAGGAAUAACAACGCUUCAAAGAAUUGGAAUCGGAUUGCUUAUGUCUAUUGUUGUUAUGAUUAUUGCCGCUUUAGUCGAGACAAAAAGGCGUGAAACUGCUUUGGAAUUUGGGCUCGUUGAUAAGCCGGAGGAAACAGUUCCAAUGAGUUUUUGGUGGUUGGUUCCUCAAUAUAUAUUGCUGGGAAUCGCCGAUGUGUUCACUUUAACUGGUUUGCAAGAACUUUUCUAUGAUCAGGUGCCAAACGAGUUGAGGAGCGCAGGUAUCUCUCUCUACCUCAGUAUAAUUGGAGUAGGGAGUUUCUUGAGUAGCUUUCUCAUCUUUAUCAUUGACAAAACUACGGGCGGAGAGGACGGAGGCGGUUGGUUUUCGAAUAACCUGAAUCGUGCUCAUCUUGAUUACUUCUAUUGGCUGCUUGGUGGACUUAGUACUGUGGCACUGGUAUCAUAUCUAUACUUUACGAAAACGUAUAUUUACAGGCGAGGAAGUGUAAACAUUCGUCGCAAUUAUGGCAAUUAAAACCUAGUGUAAAAUGGGGGACUUGUUCGAGCAAAGUUUACAUGUAAUUGCAGAUAACUUGUACAGAUAUUGAGACUUCGUUCCGAUACGUGUUCACAACAGUUGGACUUUCUUUUCUUCUA